GAAAUCAGCACUGCUCUGUUUCCCGCGUACAUUCCCAAUAUUCACGUUUUGGGAUCAAUUCAAGCGAUCAAGUCGUUUUUCUGGCACAAAUCCAGCGGAUUUGGAAACUUCAAGAUUCGAUAGGAUGUUGCAUGCGACAGACAUGGAAAUUUCUACGAGAUGGCCGACAGAUUUUUCAACCGCCUGCGCAUUGAUGGUCAAGCAGCGUUGGAUCUUAUUUUCGAUUCUCCAAAACUUGACGCAGACAGGAUCAACUGGACCAAUCUUACUUUCUUGACCAUUAGAGGUGAUAUUAAUAUUGAGACGAUUUCAGCGCUCCUUCCUCGCCUACCCUCACUGACUAACCUGAAAGCUUGUGAUUUAGUACACAGCGAGGACACGAAUAAUACCGACGCUCUUGACCAGUCUACACCCCCCGAUCUCGCCAGUUUGUCCACUACAGCGCCACUAUCCACUUCGGUGAGAAGUAUCAAACUUACGUAUAAUGGAGGUGAUUAUAUUUGUGGAUCAAUGGAAGACGGAGUCGUGCAACUCAUUUUGCGCGUGCCUUCCCUGACCUUUUUAUUUGUAGAUCCCGACUUUGGUGAAUGCUUUGGGCUUUUGAAGGAAAAUGAUAUCGAUUUUUUUGAUGUAUCACAGGAUUACUGAGUUUUCAUUUAGCAGGUUUGGCGAUUUAUUUAAAUAAUUUCAUACAUU